AUGCACCUCAGUUGCAUGCGUGCAUUUCAAGCUGCCUGCCACUGGGAACAGGCCCUUGUCCUGUUGAAGGAGGAGGUUUCUCGAGAUGAUGCAGCCAGCUUCGAGGAAGGCAUCUUUGCAUGUUCCGGAGGUGGCAAGUGGCAGUUGGCAACGGAAGUGCUCAAUGAAAUGCAGGCGCGACAGCUUCCUGUGAAGGGGGUGACGUAUGCAACUCUCAUUUCGGCCUGUGUCCGGGCCAAGCAGUGGCGCUAUGCCCUCUGGUUCUUGCAUGAAAUGGAGCGCACGGGUGCCGACAAAUCGGAGAAGAAUAAGGUAAUCCUCUAUGGCGGCGUAAUCACGACUUUCAAUUGGCAGCGUGCCUUAUGGCUUCUUCGCGAAAUGCCAGCCCGGGAGGCGUGUUGCUGCAGCUAA